UUCUUCUUUCCUGCGCUCCGUUUGUUGACGCAUGCGCAAAAGAAGAGCAGUCGUAAAACCUACCGACUCUGAGGCAGUGACAGCAGCAAGUCCGCGCACAAAUGGAGGAGUAUAACAAUGGCGACGAGGUGGUCUUCAAUGCUGAUGAAGCCACUAAUAACAUUAAAGAGUGCAUCGAGGGCGUCAUCGGUGGCAUGGACUACAAUCAAAGUAAAGUGAACCAGUGGAGCGCUAGCAUCGUGGAGCAUUCUCUCACUCACCUGGUCAAACAAGGACGCCCAUUCAAGUACAUAGUUCACUGCACCGUCAUGCAGAAGAGCGGUGCCGGUCUACACACGGCAAAUUCGUGCUACUGGGACAACACCACAGAUGGAAGCUGCACAGUGCGAUGGGAGAACCGCACCAUGUAUUGUGUGGUCAGCGUUUUUGCCGUGGCAAUAUAAAGGCAGCGAAACCUUGACGAUGCUUCUUGCUAGCUUCCGGUAUUCAUCCCAGCAAUUAAACCGCCUGGGACUGAAAGGAAUCCUGUCAUGAUGUUCGGGAUGCCACGAUGAGUCCGACGUGUCGUUAUACAGUACCUGAUCAUUCCGACGCAUUGAGGAACUUACUCAAUGCAAAUUGAGCACCUGUAGUGACCGCACAGCUCUUUCCAGGCAUUGUGGCAUCUCUAUUGUUAUGUUCUGAAGUAGGCCUGUCCUGACAGUAUUAAUAUGCACAAAGCAACGAUUUGUUAUUUAUUACGAUUUUGGUCCAAAUAUGUUCAAGAAAUAUUUCUUUCAAGUGUCUUGUUCUGAAUUAAAAUAUAUUUUAAAGGUU